UCACAUGCCUGUCGAAGCUGAUGAAGCCAGGUGUGAAGGUGGGGUGCUUUUCGCUCAGAAGUUUAAACUGUACUGAAAGCGUCCUAACUGCGGAAAAUCUACUUUCGAGAGUAUCGGCAUUUUCUUCCAGAACUGGAUUUUUGUUAUCAAAGACUGCAUGGUUGUUGCUAUUGGUAACAGGAAAUGGAAAUGUCUUUGAUGCUUAAUCUGAUCCGUUUGAUCUGACUGUCUGCGAUUACGAUAACUGCAGCCCCCUGAAACGGACUCCGGUGCUCUUAACGGAGAACUGCGAGGCCCGGGUGAAACUUUCCGAUUUGCAGUCUCACCGCCAGUGUGAUGAUACAGUGGUUCUAGGUGGGGAAAUAAAUCUAGGAAAAAAAAAAAAAAAAAAAACGGAAAACCUGCAAGCUGGAUUUUCACGGGUCAACGAUGACCGCCGGCCAAUCGAUGAUGAGCGGUCUGGAUAGGUCCCCGCAAGUGGGCCGUAAAAUGACGCACUCUCGAAGUGGCAGCACUGGAUCCUCCCGACACUCCCACCAGAACUCGAAGCACUGGGAGGUGAUGGACGACCUGCAGGGGGAGCUGCCCCUGGGCGCGGACGCCGGGCGGGAGAUGGCCGUCCCUGGCCUCUGCGAGGGCUACCUGAUGAAGAAGAAGAAGUGGCCCCUGCAGGGCUGGCACAAGCGGUUCUUUGUGUUGGAUCAGGGGAUCCUCAAGUACUCCAAGACCAAGCAGGAUAUCCUGAAAGGAAAGGUGCUGGGCUCGUUGGACGUCAGUGUGGCCGUCAUGUCCAUCAACAGGAAGUCCAAACGCAUCGACCUGGACGCUGGGGAUAAUCUCUACCACAUCAUGGCGAAGCCGCAGGAGCUGUUCUACAUCUGGGUGACCAAGCUGUCGGCCCACCGCACGUACAAGAAGAACGAGGCGGUGCGCGUGCACAACGGGGUCCUCCAGGCCCUGUCGUUCGGCGGGAACACCCUGCCCACGAUGGCCAGCCUGGCGCAGAGAAACCGCGGCAUGCCUUACGCCUCCGACCCGCAGUACCAGAGCAACAGCUCCGUUUGGGCGAGCGAGGCGAAAGAGGAGCUCCCCGCCAGCGUGCCGGGGGUCAACAGCAAGGUGUCGGCCUGGCUGCAGCAGACCCACGACUCCGACAGCUGCUCGCAAGAGCUCCUGCGUUGCCAGGCCGACCUGGCGGACCUGCAUCAGCUGAUCCAGAGGCUGCAGUUCCUGGAGUCGGGCCAGCCCAUGACCAACGGCGACCUGGAGCACCGCAUCAGCAUGCAGAAUCUCACACUGGAAAAGCCCAAAAAGAAACCAACCAAAAUCUGGGGCCAUUCUCGCACUCUGUCCAGGGUGGAGGCACUUGGCAUGCUCAGCGGCAGCCAACUGAGUUCCACGUCCCACCUGGGGGCCUCGGUCCAGUCCAUCCCCGACUACGUGUACACGCAGCUGGCCACGCCCGGCGUCGUCUCCCCCGAGGGAAAGAAGGUCCAGCAGGCCAUCACAUACGUGUCCGAGAAGGUGUUCACGUCUCUGAAGUCCAUCCACGAGGCCUUGUCCCUGGAGCGGGAGCGUCUGAGGGACGCCUGCACGACCCCUGACCUCCGCCAGUGCACCUCCCGCCAGCUGGCCAAUCUGUGCACACAGCUGUCCGAGCUGGAAGUGAAGUCCCGUCUCACUAAAGUCCACUCCCUCUCGCUCUCCUCGGACUCCACCGACGACUCGUUCUGCACAGUCAACCAGGAGCAGGACCGCAGCGUGGGCCGUAAAGUGCAGCGGAAGUCGUCCGUGACCGACUCCAUGGCGGAGUACUUCGACGCCAGCGAGGUGCUGGUGACGGAGGCGGCCGAGACGGAGGUGUCGGACGAGUCGGGCAUGAGCGACAUCACCACCAGCAACUCGGAGCCAGACGAGGUCCCCGUGGCGUCGACCCAUAACUACCGGGCCAGUGUCUCCAGCGCGUCCGAGGUGCCCACGGUGGUGCCGAAAGACACGGGCCGGCGCACCAGCCUGCCCGGGCCCGGCCCAGACAACAGCCACAUCGGGCUCAUGACCAUCCUGUACAACAACAUCGGGAAGGACCUGUCGCGCGUGUCCAUGCCCGCGGCCCUGAACGAGCCCGUCUGCCUGCUGCAGCGCGUGUGUGAGGAGCUGGAGUACAGCGAGCUGCUGGACAUCGCCAACCGCACCGACGACCCCUACCAGCGCAUGGUGUACGUGGCGGCCUUCUCCAUCUCUGGCUACGCCUGGGCCCAGUGGCGCAGCCGCUACAAGCCUUUCAACCCCGUCCUGGGCGAGACCUUCGAGUGCGUCCGCGAGGACCGCGGCUUCCGCUACGUCAGCGAGCAGGUGUCUCACCAUCCUCCCAUCUCCGCCUGCCAUGCCGAGUCCGAGAACUUCACCUUCUGGCAGGACCAGCGAUGGAAGAACAAGUUUUGGGGCAAGUCUUUAGAGGUGAUCUCCACAGGAAUGGUGAAUGCGACCCUUCCACGGUACGGGGACCAUUACGAGUGGAACAAGGUGGUCACCUGCAUCCACAACGUGCUGAGUCAGCAGCGCUGGCUGGAGCACUACGGCGAGGUUGUCAUCCGCAACCUCAACAGCUCCGUCUGCACCUGCAAGAUGACCUUCAUCAAGUCUCGCUACUGGGGCACUGACAACACAAGGAACGAGGUCCAGGGCCAGGUCUUGAACGAGGCUGGCGAGGUCGUCCACAGUUUCGGAGGUUCCUGGAGCGAGGGCAUCUUCUGCGAAACGCUGCCGGUGCCCCAGUGCAUCUGGAAGCCCAACACUCAACCCGAAAACGCUUCCACGUACUACUUCUUCUCGCGCUUCGCCAUGGAGCUGAACGAGCUGCUGCCCGACCUCGAGCCCCACCUGCCCCCCACCGACACGCGCUUUCGCCCAGACCAGAGGCUCCUGGAAGAGGGGAAGGUGAACGAGGCGGACAAAAGGAAGGACGAGUUGGAGGAGAAGCAGAGGGAGCGGCGGAGAGCCAUGGAGAAGAGAGGAGAGCAGCACAUCCCUCGUUUCUUCACGAAAACGGUGGACGGGAGUGGCAGGGAGGUUUGGAUAACCAAGGGGAACUACUGGAAUAUCCGGGAAAAUCCGGGAUUCGCCAACACGGAUAACCUGGACCUGUGGUGCUGAACCGCGGGAACGUCGCAUCCGCACAGACUCCAGCCCGGACAUUGUGUAUUAUAGCCGAAACAUUGUAUUUUUAUCGACUCUGUCAUCGUUUUUCCGUUGUCGAGAGAGGUGUGUGAGGUGGGUGGAGCUCCGCUGACCGAUGCGCGGAGGAACUGCUCCCCGGUUUUAACGAGGAGCGGGGAUUGUGCUGACAGAGGGGGGAGGUCACUCUGGAGGCCUCCUGGGCUUUCCUGAGGACCGGACAUUAUCCUGCCCGUGAACACGGCAAACCCACGCGAUCCGAACGACGGCAGAACUCUGCGGAACAGAGAAGCCCACAAGCUAACGCAAAUCCAACUUUCUUCAUCUCAGAAAAAAACUAAACAAAAAAAAACCCCCCAAAAAACUUUAGCUGCUAUUAUUGCCAAUAAAGUACAAAUCUAGAUUUUAAAGAAGCUUGUAUAUUUAUACAGUUUUAUGAAGGGACUUGUGAAGACGAUAGAGAUUUAUUUAACGUGUUUAAUGUACUUUUUGUUUAUUCGUUGUUACUCAAACAAGAUUGACUCUUUGUAUUUUAAGGCAGUUCUUUUGGGGGAGGCUUACACGGACAAAUGAAGGUCAAAUUCUUUAUGUUCUUUCUAUAAAGACUUGUAUUUACUUGGAAAGUAUAGGUGCCUUGAAUGAUGUUUUUUUUUGUUGAUACACUGGUGUUCGAGCACAUAUGAAGCCUCCCACUGUCACUUCUUUACCAGGGAAAGAGGUUGUCUUAAUAUUGCACAGGUCUUUCACCAGUUUACCUCCGGGAUGGUAAAAUGUAUAUGUGCUGUAAAUUUUAUAUGCUUUAUACAAAUCUGAGUUGUUUUUUUUCUUGACAUUUUUAUUAUCAUUGUAAGUCUUCUAAGCCCUGCUUUCAGUUGAUGCUAUGAAAUAUUUUUUAUGGACGUCUCAACCGCAGAUUCAAGAGAAGAGGUCCUUUAUGGAAUCCAUGUUAAAUAUGUGGUGGCAAUUAUUUUAGAGUCAAAUGUAUGUAUAUGCAACCUAUUUGGAUCAGGUUUAAAUAAAUAUUUAAAUAAAAUGGAAGUGAACAAUUGAAAA